CUCCCCAACCACCAAUCCCGAUUCUGUGUUCGGACCGCCACCUAGCGCUAGUGCAUUCCGUGCCAAUUUUGAGGCACCGGGUAGCCCUUCGUUCGAUGAAACAAACUUCACGUUUGGUGACUCUCCAACGGGUGUCUCUUCAUGCUCAGCAGCCCAAUUUCUUACACCCCCUGUUCAGCAUAUCCCACCAACGCCCAAGACUCCUGCUUUCGUGCCGCACACACACCAGAAAACUCUAUCUGUGUCUCUUGCGCCACCACCUCGCUCUCCAAGGUUAAGGUCUGCCCCUGUCGCACCAUUGCUCAAUGCCUCCCCGACACGCCAUUCUCGCAUACAUUCGCGAAAUCUGUCUGUGUUCUUUCCCAGACCAGGUGUGGAGAAGGCGACCUCAAUCCCAGAGGACGAAGAUGUCGGUCAGAUGCUUGAGUAUCAUGCGACAGAUGCUCCCCCGCUUUCCGCACGUCUCGGUACCUUCAAGUUCGCAGGGCAACCAAGAUCUGAAAAUGGAGUCAAUGGGACUGGUGCGCCAACUAAGAGACGUGGCCAUCAUCACAAACAUUCGGUAUCUCAUAAUUUCUUUAGUUUCAUGGAGCCCGGGCAGACGCAGGAAGAACCAUCACCUGAAUCCCCAUUCCCUUCCCAAGAUUCUACACCUCACUUCUCGCCUGGAACAUCGGAAAGACGUAGUUCUUUACGACCCCUCCCGAUGUCUCAUAAGCGGUCGCCGUCCGUGCACAUUCUAUCGAGGUAUCUUGAUAACCCAGAGCAAACCACCGCCCUUAUCUUCUUUGCUGCUGAGACGGUGUUAGGUUCCUCCCUUUGGAUAGCAGGUCAAUCUCGGGGGAGCCUCGCUUGCACGGGGCUUGGCUAUUGGAUUGUAUUCGAUUCGCUCGGAGUUGCAUUAUCAAGUGCAUUCCCCUCCCUUUGGUCUCUCAGCGCCCAGGAAGUUGAUCUCCAGAGACCGUUCAGUACUAGACGGCUUGAAACUACCGUAUCAUUCGCUCAAUCUAUAUACCUCAUUUUUUCAGCUGUGUACGUGCUGAAGGAAGCUGUCGAGCACUUCCUCCUCUCCUCAGAAGGCGAAGCUGCUCAUCCCCAUCACAAUCAUUCAAUAGGGAUAUCAUUCCCUGCCUUUUUACUUUGGUUAUCUCUCGCAUCUUUAUUGUUAUCGAAUUUUGCAUACCGCAAUCAUUCCCGACUAGUUGACGCUGUCGGUUCCUCGUUACCUCACCCCUCCACUGUCUUCGCUUCAAUACCCUUUCUUCGUCGUUUGGCAAGAGUUGUGCUGAGCUCCCUAAACUCCUCACCGCUCGUCUCCCGCAUUCUUUCAAAUCCAUUCACACUUGCUCCUACCACAUUCGUUCUUCUCCUUCUCUAUGCUUCAUACUUUGCUGAUAAGUCUCAGCAAAUGACCAUCGAUAUGCUCGUGUCCUCUAUUGAGACUGUAUGGACAUUCUCCAUCGCUUACCCAAGCGCCGUUUCCCUGGGCAAAAUCCUACUCCAAACUGCACCAGAGCGGACACUCUCCGGUGGUUCGCUUGAGUCUUUCCAGCGAGCCAUAAGAGAAAUCCGACGGGACCCACGUAUCCUCGAAGUUUUAGACACCCAUCUCUGGCAAUUGACUCUCCCUCGAUCCUCGUCUCUCUCUUCCAGUGAUGCUGAAGAGCUAGUGGCGUCUGUGGAAGUACAUGUCCAGGAGGAUGCCUCAGACAUGGACAUCCUGGAGAUAACAAGGUGGGCAUCAGAUAAAAUCUCGAUUGCACUGGGGAAACCUCGGGUGGGAAGUGUCACUGUUUCUGUUGUCCGUGGAUAGAACCUCGUGAUCAAUGCUACCAUUUGAUUCGACGGAAACACACUAAGUAGUCUGGAUACAGACCGUAGCUUGAGCCAGACUCGU